AUGAAAGAAACACUGUCAGUGGAAAUCCUGUUUGACGUUUACAAAGCCCUGACCCCGCUCUCCCCACGGAGCUCCAAACUCACAGCGGGACUGGAAGCACAGACACAGGCCUCGGUGCCAGGAGUGAGUGGAGGCAGAAGCCGAGAGCGGGAGAACGACGGAGAAGGAAAGGUCCUGGGGGUCCCGUUACCCCUGCCGCUGUCACCCCCAAUUAGCACGUUAGCGUUAGCAUCUGCCGCUACACAAGCGAAAGGGAAGCCAAGAACAACAGAGGGAGGUCCAGGGGAUCAGAUGUCAACACUGCGACCCGCUGGAGUCACAGAAAACAUCGUCUCCAAACAAACUUUUAUCGAAGCUCGGACGAUGCCCCGAACGUUUAACUCCACAGGAUCAAAGUUUGUGACGUCAUCGCAGCGACCGUCAGCCCACCUCACACUGAGAGACCCCAGUGCGACAGGUUUCCCCCUGUACCCGGUCCAGAACCCGGCCCUGCACCAGUCCUGUCGUCAUGUGGUCCGGUCCUGGGCCAAUCAGAGCUUUGGGUCCCACCUCCACAACAUGAGUCUGACCAAUGGGAAGCUCCGAGUGCCUCAGAACGGGCGCUACUAUCUGUACUCCCAGGUGUACUUCAGAUACCCGUCUCCAGCCUCUGAGUCGGAGCAGCGCAGCGUGAGUCACCAACUGGUCCAAUGUGUUUACAAGAAGACCUCCUACCCCAAUCCCAUACAGUUGUUAAAAGGCGUCGGGACCAAAUGCUGGGCUCCGGACGCAGAGUACGCGCUGCACUCGGUCUAUCAGGGCGGUCUGUUCGAGCUUCGCGCCGGAGACGAGAUCUUCGUCUCCGUGUCGUCUCCGAACAUGAUCAACGCCGACGACACUUCCUCCAGCUACUUCGGCGCCUUCCGGUUGGAUUUAUAA